CAAGAAUUAUAAUAAAAAAUAAAAUAAUGGAAAGAGUAAAGAUAAUAAUAACGACUAUAAGUUACAAUAAAUAACUAAUAAUAAUAGAAUUGAUUUAUUUAUUUGUAAUAACUAUAUAAAGCUUUGGAGAGAGCCGUCUGUUGUUUUUUGAGGAGUUUUGGUUCUCGUGUAGGGAGGGGCGAGAGCAGAAACAGUUUAAUUACUCUGUAAUUAAAAUACAUUCUUAUUAAGCAACACCCACAAUAACGAGGCUUCAUAUGAAACUGAGAGAGAAAAAACCUGGAGCGAAUCCUCUCACGUCCACUCUUCACUCAGAGCUCUGUCAGGAGAGGGACCAUGACCAUGCUGCAGUCCCUCACCGUGUGGAAGCCCCUGGAGCACAUCAGGUGGCCUCAGAUGAAGGUGGAAUCUCUCAGCGUGGUUUACAGAACAAGGGUUAGAAGGCGAGUACUGGAGACCGUCGCUCUGAUCAUCAACAUGUUGUUUUUAAUCGUCAUUUUGAAAUCCGUGACUCCAGCGCCCAAACCGCUGGGAGAGGCCGAACCCACGGCGCCGCCCCCGCCGCCCUGUGAACCCAACGUGUCGGCUUACAGCGUGGAAGGAUUCGAUACGUUUCCUCAGAACAUCCAGGACGUCCUGCUGUACCGGCACUGCCGCGACUUCCCCAUGCUGCUGAACGCUCCGGAGAAGUGCCACCUCCAGAAACCCGGCGCCCCGCUCUUCCUGCUGGCCGUCAAGAGCGCCCCGAGUAACUACGAGCGCCGCGAGGUCCUGCGAAAGACCUGGGCGUCGGAGAGGCUUCAGAACGGCAUGCACGUCCGCACCGUGUUUCUGACGGGCACCACCGGGCACGGGUUCGAGAAGAAACGGUUGAACACCCUGCUGGAGCUGGAGAACCAGAAGUAUCAGGACAUCCUGCAGUGGGACUUCACCGACACCUUCUACAACCUGACCCUGAAGCAGGUCCUGUUCCUGGACUGGCUGGAGCGAUGGUGCCCGACCGCCAGCUUCCUGUUCAACGGCGACGACGACGUCUUCGCCAACACGGACAACAUGGUGGAGUACCUGCGGCUCCUCUCGGACAGAGACGGCAGCCGGCACCUGUUCGUCGGCCACAUGCUGGACGACAGCACGCCCAUCCGAGAGAACACCAGUAAGUACUACAUCCCGGUCCAGAUCGAGCCGGGCGACCUGUACCCACCGUACUGCAGCGGCGGCGGCUACCUGUACUCUAGCUUCACCGCCAGGACCAUCCGCGACAUGGUCAGGUCCAUCACCCUGAUGCCCAUCGACGACGUCUACAUGGGCAUGUGUCUGAAGAAGGCCGGGCUCCAGCCCAUGUCCCACAUGGGGGUGUGGGCGGACGGUCUGGACAUCCCCUCCGAUAAACUGGACUCGUUCGACCCCUGUCACUACCGCGAGCUCAUCCUCGUCCACAAGUUCCUCCCGCACCAGAUCUACGUCAUAUGGCACGAGAUCCACAGAAAGGAUCUGAACUGCGCCAAGAAAGUGUCGCACGUUUAACGAGAAAUUAAAGCCAUUAUUUAUUGUGUUAUUUACACUGUGAUGUUUUUAUUAUGAAACAUUUUGCUGGUCAGGUGACCUCGUAAUUUCACCAAUUUCACCACGAUUACUUGACUGUCCCCCUGGUACACCAGUUUUAUAAAGUUAAUAUUUAUAUAAAACAAUUGUUUUAGAUACGAACGUCUCCUUAUAUGUGAUCUGAUCUAUUUAUGUAACUUAUACUAAUAAAUAAAUGUU